GCCCCAUGGCUGUAAGCACAUAAAAGAGCCUGCGCUUCAUAAAGGAAGAAACACUUGGAAGACAAAGGGCAACACCCAGCCUGAAGCUUGCCAGGAGCUCUCGGUCCUGCCACACGGAUUCCAGAGAGUUUUAUCCUUCAGAGACCUCCAGCAUCACCCCCACCCAUAUCACAAUGAAGGCGCCCGUCACCCUCCUCCUCUUCCUUGCUGCUCUCCUGGCUGCAGGGUCCAGCCUGGAGUGUGAGCACUGCACCAGUGAAGACAAGACCUGCACAAAGAAGUCCUGUGGUUCUGGAGAAGACAGCUGCUUCAUUGCCAUGAUGGAAGAUUCUCUCCAUAUGGGAGAGAGACACACACACAUGUUCAAGGGCUGUGUGGCCUCCAGUGUCUGCUCAGACAUGAACAAGUUCAUGGAUUUUGGGCCAUUCAUGAAAGCUCGGGCAGUUUUCACCUGCUGCAAGGGGGAUGCCUGCAAAACCACCUCUUUACAAAUACCCCAGAACAUGACCCCAAUUUACUGCCCCAUCUGUGAGCCAAACCAGGAUUCCUAUGGCUGCGAUAAAGUUGUCUCAGCAUGCCCUACAAAGAAACCUGGAUGCCUGAAUGUCACCUGGACUCCAGACUCUGGUACCAAGAAGGGACAAAGCUCCCCUGGGGUCUGUACUACUCCGUCUGCCUGUGCCAAGGAGAUUGUGGAAAAACUUGGGUACAAAGUCAUCAACGAAAAGUGUUCAGGAUUCUCCAAUGCAGCAGGCCCAGCUCUGAGAUCCUUCUGGCUCCUGCUCCUGGCUCUCACUGGGCUGCUUCUGGAGAUGCUUCUUUCCUGAGCCCCACCACAGCUGACAACCAAACCCCUCCAAGCCCUCCUCUGUAGCCAGCCCUCACCUCCACAUAGAUUUUCUUCUCCCUUCAACUGGUUCCAGAAAAUAAAACCAGUGUGGAGACAGAA